AUGGCGUCGGUACGAUCGCGGUCUCAGUCAAGGAGUAGGACCGGUGAGGAUUCGCGGUCGAAAAGAAUGGGUGGUGUCAUGGAAACCGCUGGUGAGGAAUUUCCAGCAGCCUUGACGAGUGCGGCUCGUAAGGAAACAGACACUCUUCAGCAUAAGCCAACCUCGGCCAGUCAGAGCAAGACGCAGAGUCGGAUACCUCAGAAUUCCUUCCGAAGGCCAUCCAUCUCAGCCACAACUCGGCCUCCACUUGCACAUGAAACCAACUCCUGGAGCUCAACAAACUCAACAGGCCGCUCAACGGUAACAACCCACGCAAAUACUUCCUUGCCCGGCAAGAAUGUCAAUGCAGGCAUCACCCAAGCGCGUAAUGUCCUGCGACGCAAAAAGUCCAGCGUGUCUCGGGAGGCAGUUGAUAUCCCUAGUAACGCCAGGAAGCACUCGGGGAGGACCAGUUCGUCAUCGUCGAUACCAAGGUCACAGACAUCAGUCGACACCCAUGCAGGCCAGAUGGAUCGAAGCCUCACCGCAAGCCCAGCCGAGAUAUCAAUAGCCCACCAGGUUGCACUUCCUAUGCCGCCCACCGAAGCUACCAUGAUCUACCCUGAGUUGGACAGGUAUCGCAAUAUACAGGUCCCUCGAAAUGGUCCUGGUGCCGAGAUGCUCUUCAGGCUAGCAACCCACGACCUACCUCCGCCUACUCCGCUCUUCUCGGGUGCGAGCAGCCAUAGCCAAAUGAGUAACUUCAGUGGAAGCCCUUCGACGAGGUUUUCUGAGUCACCUGGACCUGGCCCCUAUAGUCGAGACACUACCCCAACAUCCAUGUCGUCAGCAUCACCCAGCCUUGUCGUACCUUUACGCAAUCCUGCUGUACGGGCUCGACAGGAGAGCACGGCCGAGACACGACCACCUGUAUCACGGAGGAGAGCCGGAAGUUUGGUGCACGACGAUGAAGAGUUUGCCACAGGUCCACAAGGCCUCGCGGUCGUCACGGAGGCAUUGACAUCUUCGUCCUCAGGCUCGACUCUUCGCAGUGGAGAGAAGAAAGAAAGGAAGGGAAAAACAGCUCCUCCCAAUCCACCGCCUAGGAAAUCUUCGCAGAAGUUGAGGAAGGGCAAGAGCAAUGAUAUCUCUCCUUCUAAAUCCACAAUGAGCUCACCGCCACCAUUGAAGUCUUCUCCAGUUGUCGGUGGGACAACACCGAGGAGUGUUGCAUCUCCGCAAUCAAGACCUUUACCUCCGUCCAGACCUAGUCGAGAAGGAACCCCGGAUCUAUACUCUCAGUUUGGCGGGCCCGUUCCUAUUGUACACAGCAACCUGUCAUCCACAAGUCUAACAGAAAGACGCCGAAGCAAUCAGUUAGCGCCAAGCUCCUUACCUAGGUCAACUACUCCUUCACAGUCCAAUGAUCGUGCGGCAUCAUCAAAACUACCCGUCAGUCGCGAGCCGACGCCAGCACCGAGAUCUGCAUCCUCCGCAGGCCUUCCAACUACAAAAGCGGACACUAGCUUGACGAGCCGAACUCCUAGUCCAAGUGUCUCGGGUUUCAGGUCCAGGUUCGGGAUCUUCGGGAGACGCAAGACGGACACGGAUGUGACGUUAGGAAAGAAAGAGAAGCCACCACGCAAAGGGCCAGCAGCCGGUACAGGCCAUGAAGGCUACGGGCGAAUCGGAGGCCUGAGAAGGCGCAGUAGCAACGCGGCUAAUGUGGUUCGAGGACCUUCUGGGCCAGCGUCAUCAUCGGACAGCUUGACAAGCACUCAGUCGACAGAUCCAUUCUUCUUGGCACGGUUGAAUCCAGUGGUGAUUGCAGGUGGUGAAGUGAUCGAGAAUCGGAAUGCCAGUGCUGAGUUGAACCGGACAGAAAGCAACCAAAGCCUCUCGCAACCCCGUCCUAGUGUUGAGUCCCGCAAUGGGUCUUCAAUCUCAAUUUCGUCUCGGGGAGAUGCAAGGAAUACACUCUGGCCAUCCGCAUUUCCUCGCGACUCUGUCCGCUCACGUCGCCCAUCUGAGGCGAGUGAGUCUGAUGGUGUGACCAUGAAGUCAACUCUUGCCUUCAGGAGAUCUGUCCAACGACUUCGGUCAUCUCCGGACCAAGAGCCCCUCAAGCUUCCAAGGCCUAUUAACACUAGAGGGAUCACAUCGCCGUCACUCGCAAGUGUAGCCACUACAAUCUUCACGGACGACUCCCUGGCUCUUUCGGAAGCGGAGCACCAACCGGCCAAACUGAACGCAAGCGAGGCCAGUGGGGCUCCAAAGAAGCUGACAAAACGUGUCAAAUCUCCGCGAAAAUGGAAUUUAUUUGGUAGAUCGCAUAAUCAAUCAGCAAAGUCAAAGAAGAAUGAUGAAGCGGCGGCUGUCACGGCUGCGGUGAAAGUAGCACCAACUAAGCCUGUUGCGUUCUACACUAUGAUGGACUCAUCAGAACAAGAAGACUCUGAAGAGCAGGACAUGGGCCAGAUAUUGAGGGAGGCCGAGGUUUUGCUUCCUCCAGGUUUGCACCUCACAUCGACACUGCCAAAUGAGCAACAAGAGAGCCCGUCAUCGAAAGGUCAAAAGGAGCAAAUAGUGUCAAAGGGUCCCGAGCAAGUACAGACCAAGGGUCCAGACCAACGUCACGCCAUUCCCCUGGUGAAAACUCCAGCAAGGAGUAAUGGGCCCGAGAUACAGGCGGGCCAGACUUCUGCAAAACCGCCCGUGGGCAGACCAAGUCGCCUGCCGCAAGUCGGAAGAAUACCCAAAGUUGUGAACACUCGACCAGAGCAGACUUCGCCCAAGAGUUUUUCAAGACCAUUCAACCGCAUCAGUCUCCAGCUCCCUCCUCCAAACCCCACCCAAGUUGAUUGCGACUCGAUCGCUCUCGGACCAAGCCCGCCACGACCAUCCACUCCAGAGCUUUCGCAAAAUGCAUCGACGGUCACGACUGGUGGAACUGUCUCGCCCCGCCAAGUUCUGAGGCACAGGAAGAGCCGGUCUCUAGAUUUUGGAGGAUCUGGCAGAGAGUUUCUCGCAUUUUCCCCACGCAAGAACUCGGGCGGUACCACGAGUUCGGGGUCUACCAAUUCGGGCAUAGCAAGCUACACCUAUCAUACCGCCGUAGUGCCUACUGCGACUGCACCGCUAGCCGAAGAUGAGAUCUGGGACGAGUAUAACGACUUACUAGGUGACGUUCCCCCUUCAGCGACUUCUUCUAAAGGAGUUCCAUUCCAUCUUGAGACAUACGAAACGCGACUUGCGAGGAAGGUUACUAAACCACUCGAAUCUCCAACGAUCCGAACCAAGCCUGAAACGCAGGACGCUAAAGAUCUCAGGGACUCGGUUGAGAUGGGCAAGGCCGCUACAUCUUCAAGCCAUUACAGUGCCGAUAUGGCGGCGAGGAUCAAUGCGGCUUUCCACUUUGGGUCGGAUCCUCCAUCUACCCCAUUUUCGGUAUCCGAGUUUGUGUCCGGGUAUGGUGAACGAAACAAUAACGCGGCACCAACCAAAGCCUUGGCAUCUCAACGAAGCAGUUCUUGCUCAGCCAAAAGUCGCCACACGCGAGCGUCCGACUGUAGUGCCUCCAGUGAAGAGACACCUCUUUCGCAAGUUAACCUCCGAGUUGGCUCUAUGACAGUCAGCAAAUGGCUUACCUUCGGGCAUGUCCUCUUCAGUCCUGCUCGCGAUGAGUUGAUUCCAGUUGUCGGAUCGCUGAAGAGGCACUCGAUCUUGGUUAUCGACGGACUUGGGAACGACGAUUGGUCAUUCUACGCAGCAGAGACUUAUCCAGCAGCGACAUUCUUCAAUCUUUCUCCGCGGGCACCGUUACCUCAAGAACACCGUUCCUCUACUCAGUUUCCAUCGUCACCUUCCAAUCACCAUCAAAUACAGUACAACUCACAUCUGGAAAAGUUUCCUUUCGGACCGGACAGCUUCACCACCGUCGUUUUCCGAUUUCCUGCCGCUGCCCCUGAAGCUCACUAUCGCAACAUCAUUUCAGAGGCGCAGAGGGUUUUGAAACCCGGCGGCUAUAUUGAACUCUCCGUUCUAGACGUCGAUCUCAACAACAUGGGUAAUCGCACGAGGCGUUCUGUUCGGCGCUUAAAAGAACGCGUCAGCGUUCAACCCGACAAGAUCAAUUUGAGUAGCACAGCUGACCUCAUUCUGCGCCUCCUAGGCAGGAGAGGCUUCAUUGACGUGAAGACUUGUCGAGUUGGUGUUCCUGUAGCGAGUUCAGUCACCAAGCCUGCUGUUGACGGAGACACAAAGAUGAUGAAGAAGAAGAAGGAUGAGCGGAGCUUGGCAGAGAUGAUGAACGACAAGACGGAAAUGGGCGAUGAGAAUAUCACCAAAAUGGUAGCGAAAGUCGGUCGUUGGUGGUAUAGCCGACUCUAUGAGACGCCAACUGGCAUCGCCAAAAGCAUCUGGGACGACCGUCUUCUGUUGGCCGAGUGCGAAGAGUGGAACACUAGUUUGAAGCUGAUGGUCUGCUACGCGAAGGUCCCCGAGACUCGAGGCAGAGUCUCUAGUAUCUAA